AUGGAUUUACCGGCCGAAGGUCCUAGCAAGGAAUAUCCCAAGGCUUUCAACGAGACAUACGCUGACGACAAACACGGAGACCCAUUGUGGAAGCAGUACCUUUCAUCAAACGAUAGGCCCAUGAUGACUCUGCCCCCUUUUGGUGUGAAAUGGUUGCCUUCUCUCCCACUCAUUGGGAAGAAGGUGGACACAAUCUACUAUUGUCGGAAGGAGGUUGCCCGUCUCAAUGUCGAGAUAGAGCAGGACCAGAGUGCACCAGUACCCACUCAUGAACUCUGCUUUUAUCCAGUUCAACCGGCAAGUUGCCGCCGCGCAUAUGGCCUGUCAGUCGCUUUCUCAUUCCACCGCACAGCAGAUGUGCCCUCGCCACAUUGAGGUCUCUCCCGAGGACGUCAUCUGGUCCAAAAUGAAGAUUUCUUGGUGGCAGAGGUAUUUGUGCAUUGCCGGUAUUACUAUAGCUACAGGCGGUUUGAUCGUUGGAUGGGCUUUCCCGGUCGCCAUUAUUGGUUUGGUUUCUCAGAUUGAUUAUCUCACGGAAACGGUCCCAUGGCUGGGGUGGAUUAGUAAGCUUCCCAAUUUUGUUCUUGGUCUGGUCCAAAGGUCUGCUCCAAAGUGUUUUACCUCCAAUGGGUUUGGCAAUCUUGGUGGCAUUGUUGCCCAUUAUCCUUAGUGCAUUCGCAGAACUUCAGGGAAAUCACACUGGUAUGGCCAUCGCGAGGGCUGUUCAGGAAUGUAUUUUGCUUUUCUGUUUAUUCGGACUUUUCUCAUUGUCAAUUUCUCAUCUGGCAUUACCGCCGUUCUCCAGCAAUUAACGGAUAACUCUGCAUCUGCGCCAUCAAUUUUGGCCCAGAACCUACCGAAGGCGUCCAACCUCUUCUUCUCAGAACCUGCUACUGCAAGCAUUCACUGCUAGCGGUGGAGCAAUUCUACAAAUUGGAUCAUUACUCGUACAAUUCAUUCCUAGUCGAAUUGUUGACUACCACUCGUCAGGAGUUUACCCCGGCGGCACGGCUUGCGCAGGGGAAAUGGGGCACUCUCUUCGCGGUACAUCUGGAUUCAGGGCGUGUUGGGGUUGUUCACGCGGCCAUCUCCCCCUUGGUUCUCAUCUUCAAUGCCUGCACGUUCAGUCUUUUCUGGAUAGUAUAUCGUUACAAUCUUCUCUACGCCAACAACUUUCUCUUCGAUACAGGAGGUUUGCUCUUCCCCGGGGCGGUCAACCGGUGGUUUGCGGGAAUAUAUGUUAUGGAGGUUUGUUUGAUUGGUCUCUUCUCCCUUGUCCGGGAUACCAAAGAUCGUGUGUUUGCUUUCCUCGAGCAAUUAUCAUGAUCGUUGUCACGAUCUUUACCGUCCUAUACUAAUAUACUUUGAACUCGGCUUUCGGUCCAUUUUUAACCCACUUGCCCAUCACUCUGGAGGAUGGCGCUGUUCUCCGCGGUGGAGCAUUGGCGGAAGAUAACGAAAGGCGAAUACUGUUGGCUAGCGGGAACAUCGUUCCGGAGGAGCAGGAAUGCGACGGUCUGAAUGAGGUUUUUGCAGAGUGGGAAAAGCGAGAGCGGCGCAUGGAUCAGCGUGCGGAUGAGAUUGAAAUGAGGAAAAUCCGCAACAUCCGCGAAAAGAAGGAAGGAAAGUCGUCAUUCUCAAGAGGCGGAAGACAGGCCAAGGGGCCAGACGCCAGAGACCCACAAAUGAAAUCGCGUCCUGCACCGCCAAAGCAACAGCCGCAUAAUAGACCGGAGCUAAUGUUGUUUGGAGACAUUUACCGACCAGAUUGA